GAACAUUCCCCCAUAAUUUAAGGUAAAGUUAAAAGGGGCGCAAUUGUAAUUCGCCCUAAAUACAGAGUUGGGAUUUGGGAGAUCACUUCUCAAAUACUACUUGAAAAUUUGAAUUCAUCCAACUGACAAACCAUGAGCUUCAAAAUCUUCGUGAAUGGCAGAAAACAUCGAUUUCUCGAUUCAAAAUCUAUGGCAAGACGUAAGAGAACUAAGCCUAGGCGCCCCGCCCAACAUUGACCGCCUACCCUCCCCACCCACCCCCCUCGAGUUCCUCCGCCGCUACGUAGCCCCCAAUAAACCAUGCCUUAUCUCCGCCGCCGUCCCUCACUGGCCCGCACUCUCCUUAUGGCCCUCCACCAACUACCUCCGGACCACCCUCUCCACUACCCCCGUCUCUCUCCACCUCACCCCCACCGGCAAAGCCGACGCCCUCGCUCCCCACCCCUCCGCCCCCUCCACCCUCUGCUUCGCUUCCGCCCACGUUGAAACCCUUCCGUUCCCUCAAGCUCUGGACUCAGUUUUCGCGUCGGAUAACGAGAAGAAUAAAGUGGCGUAUCUGCAGCAGCAGAACGACUGCUUCCGCCGCGAGUACGGAGCCCUGGCGGCGGAUUGCGAGGACCACGUGCCGUGGGCGACGGCGGCGCUGGGCUGCGCGCCAGAGGCGGUUAAUUUUUGGGUCGGAAACAAUUCCUCCGAAACCUCAUUCCAUAAGGAUCACUACGAAAAUCUCUAUGUUGUGAUCACGGGGGAAAAGCGAUUUCUUUUGCUGCCGCCUACUGAUUUUCAUAGAACGUAUGUACGCGAAUAUCCUGCCGCCAAGUAUCUAUAUCAUCAGGAUAGUGGAGAGUUUUCACUGGAGUUAGAGGAUCCAGCUACGAACGUGCCAUGGUGUAGUGUGGAUCCAUAUCCUUCACCUCAGGAAAAACGGAGAGAAAUGGAGAAGUUUCCCCUGUAUUUCAACGGGCCAAAGCCAUUUGAAGUUUCUGUUAAGGCGGGCGAGAUGCUUUAUUUGCCUAGCAUGUGGUUUCAUCACGUUAGACAAAUCCCAGAUGACGCACGGCUCACUAUUGCUAUAAACUACUGGUAUGAUAUGCAAUUCGAUGUCAAAUACGCCUACUUCAACUUCCUUCAAUCUAUUCCCUAUACAUUAUCCAAGGAUCCAUCACUGUGUAAAUUGAGAAAUGGCGAAGCUCAUCUUGACAUAUCUUCGUGCAACUCAGGUACUCAAGUGUCUCGCGACACUAGAGGUGUCGGUGAUGAUGAAAACGACUAAUUGAGGCCGAGUUGGAUGUAUUGUGGUCUUUGUGAUGAGCAGCAACAGAAUGUUGAAAACAAAAUGGAUCGAGGAGCAUGUUCAGGUUUGGAUACCGUGCUGCCGAACCGACAUAGUUUCUUGUUGAUUCAGACAGUAGAGACACAGAAGCUCGAUUCCCUGCAGAAGUGGAGUGCAGCAAGCCAUUUUUGCCAGCUUAACAAACGAGGCUCCUGCUGUUGAAUUUUCUCUGCACUUUGAUUAACAGUUUUUUCUCUGGUUACUAAGCAUGAUUUGGAAUAGAUGAUUUCUCUACACUUUCCAAUUACUCGUAUAAUAGAGUAUAUCCAAAAGAUGUGCGUUCAAAA